CUCGUUUCGGCAGCCGCGCGGCCAGUGCUGUGUAGUGCGCGUGUGUUGGUGACAGUGUUCGUGUGUGUGUGUUUGUGUGUGUUUGUGAGUGUAGUGGUGUGCGAGUGCAGUUCAGUGAAGUGCAACCCCGGGCGCUGAGGAUGGCGGUGCAGCCCGUGCCCCUGGUGCUGCUGGCCCUGGCGCUGGUCGCCACCCCCGCCCUGGGCAUGGCCGCGCCCGCCAACGCCACCAGCGAGGAGGUCGUCUCCAACUCCAUUGCCAGCGAGAAUAAGAGCGCGCCGGGGGAGGGGCUGGUGCAGGCGGCCGUGCAGCGGGGCUGCGCCGCGAGCUACACCAUGACCUGCCUCAAGCUGGACGCCCUGAGCGUGUUGAGCCGCAUGGCCGUGCCCGCCUCGUACGACCUGCUGCCCGGCGUCACCAUCCACCGCCAGGAGGCGAAGCAGGCUGCGGGCCAGCAGACCGCCGAGCUGCCCGCCGACCUGAUGCGCUCCCUGGCCGCGGACAGCGCGCCCAAGGUGAACAGGAGGCUCGACGACUACCUCAUGUCGCGCUUCGGCAGCUUCCUCGACUCGCACACCGUCCAGGUGCACCUGCUGGACCUACAGCCGGUGGCCAGCCUGCGCCGGGCCCUCCAGGGCAGCGAGAACGACUCCACAGGACGGCGAAAGGCGAAUGGCAUCUGGCAGCAGCUGAUGGGCGCCGGCAUGAUGAUGGGCGGGUCCACGCUGACCAUGGGGCUGUCCGCGCUGGCCGCCAUGGCCGGCAAGGCCCUGAUGCUGUCCAUGCUGUCGCUCGUGCUGUCCGCGCUGUCCGGCAUGAACGGAGGCGGUGGCGGCGGCGGCGGCGGCCACUCGCAGAAGCAGACGACCUACGAGAUCAUCAGCAAGCCCAUCUACACGCACGGCCACUCGCACUCGGCCGAGUUGCACCACGAGCCGUCCGGCCCGGCGGGCUACGGGCUGUACGGGCGCGCCAAGGAUGCGGCCGAGGGCGCGCUGGCGGCCGGCACCGGCGCGAGCGGCGUGGGCGGCAGCGCCCUGGGCGCACCCCCGGGCUCCGCCUACAUCACGCAGUUCCCGCGCAGCCUGCAGGAGUCCUCGGCGCAG